AAGUCUGAACUGAGUUUCCCCAGGCUUCUCCGGUCCUCGAUCCAAUAUGGCGGACAAGAGAUGCAACUUUGAUUAACGUUCAAUAUGUCCGUUGUUUCGCUACAAUUAGGCCAAUGUGGCAAUCAGAUAGGCGGAGAACUGUUCAAUCUGCUAAUAGAGGACGCAACAAAGCUGAAUCCUCAGUUUAUUUCUAAGACUGUUGAUCGUAAAGUUAACCAGGAAUAUGAAGAAGAGGUCGUGGAGAGAUUUUUCACUCGAGACAAAACGGGAACUAUCAAUGCACGUGCAGUCAUGAUUGAUAUGGAGUCUAAAGCAAUCUCUCAAACGUUACUGGAGGCCAAGAAGUCAGGCAAGUGGACAUAUCCUACGGGCCAACAAUUUUGCCAGAAACGCGGUUCUGGAAACAACUGGGCACAUGGUUUUCUGGAACACGGGCCAAAAUCAACGGACGCCGUGCUUGAAAUGGUACAGCGAGAGGUGGAAAAAUGCGACAGAUUAGGCGGAUUUUUGAUCUUGCUCAGCUUGGCUGGUGGAACUGGCUCAGGUGUGGGAGCUCAUGUUACAGCUUGCCUUCGCGAUGAAUUUCCUCAUUCGUUUAUAUUGAAUCAAGUCGUUUGGCCUUAUGGGACAGGGGAAGUAAUAGUACAAAAUUACAACGCCAUUCUAACUUUGUCUCACUUGUACAAGUGCUCAGACGGCAUAAUUAUCCUGGAGAAUGACAAGUUGCAGAGUAUAUGUUCAAGGUUAAUGAACUUAAAACACAUUUCUUUCAAGGAUAUAAACAGGGUAAUCUCACAUAAACUUGCCAGCGUGCUGCAGCCAGUGAAGUUGUUCUCUCCCGGACAGGAUGCGGCGUCUUACAAAAAUGCAGUCUCAGUGAGAAAUCUGCUUGGAGAUCUGAUUGAACAAGUUUGUCCACAUCCUGAAUACAAGCUGAUGACUUUAAAGAACAUUCCACAAAUGGCAGAAAAUUCCUUAGCUUAUAGUACUUUCACUUGGCCAGGACUGCUAAAGCACCUAAGGCAAAUGCUCAUAGCUGAUGCCAGCAUGGAGGAAGGUAUUGACUGGGAAGUGAAGUUGCCUGUACCAUCAAACCCAGAUGGUGCAGAUUUUCAUCAAAGACCAGGAGAACUGCCUAGAUUGAGAAGCCGAUUUAACAAGUCUGUUGCCAAUCUUUUGGUGUUAAGAGGAGUAGAUGUUCAUAGGUCAGAUUUGUCUUCUUUUAAUGACCCAAGACUACAUGCAAACUGGGUGCCAUCCACUUGUGCUAAUGCGGUAUGGUGCCACCCACGACCAUUCAACCAUUAUGAGAAGUCUGCCACAUUGCUAAGCAACAGUCAAACUCCUGUAGCACCUUUAGACUCUGUAGUCCAGAAAGCUUGGAACAUGUUCACCUCACGAGCCUAUGUGCAUCAGUAUUUGAAAUAUGGAAUGACUGAAGAUCACUUUGUGGACAGUUUUGCUGCUACUGAACAAGUCAUUAGAAACUAUUCUUCCUUGUGAUUUGGUUAAAAGCUAUCUGUACCCUGUUAUAAAAUGAAAGCUUUCUACUGGUUAAUGUAGUUUUAUUAAAAGUGAGGUGUCUAAUUUAAGGAUGUUUGCGCAAAAAAUUUUUUCUGAGACUUUUACCACUGUAAGAUGAUGAGUUAGCUAUGUCAGAAAUGUAAAAAAAAAU